UAUAUUUCUAAUUCCUUAACAGAAACCAAUUAGUACUUUGUCUUCCUCUAUAGAGAGAAAGUGGAUUCUUGUUUACUUUAACACAAAAUAGCUUUUAGUGUGGUCCACUAUCAUUAACAAGAAAAGAAAGAUAUCAUAGAACCUUCUAUUUGAUUAUAACAGUUAGUUUGUAUUGAAAUGUCAAAUAUUUCAGGUGAUGAAGGAAGCUUCUCCUCAGGAAACAAUGGAGAAGAAGUAUAUGAUGAAAGUAAGCUGCAACAAGUGCAAAAUAAUCUCAAUGACACAGAUUCAGGACCAUCUGGUGCUUCUAAUAGCAAUAGCUCAACUAAUCAACAACAAAUCAAGAAGAAAAGAAACCUUCCUGGAACACCAGAUCCUAGUGCUGAAGUUGUUGCAUUAUCACCAACAACAUUAAUGGCAACAAAUAGAUUUGUGUGUGAGAUAUGCAACAAAGGGUUUCAGAGGGACCAAAAUCUUCAGUUACACCGAAGAGGUCACAAUCUUCCAUGGAAACUUAGGCAAAGAACAAGCGCAGAGGUGAAGAAAAAGGUGUAUGUCUGCCCUGAACCAUCAUGUGUCCAUCAUAACCCAGCUCGUGCAUUAGGCGACCUUACUGGCAUCAAAAAACAUUUUAGCCGCAAACAUGGCGAAAAGAAAUGGAAAUGUGACAAGUGCUCUAAAAGAUAUGCUGUUCAAUCUGAUUGGAAAGCACACCAGAAAACUUGUGGUACAAGGGAAUACAAAUGUGAUUGUGGAACCAUAUUUUCUAGGAGAGAUAGUUUUAUAACUCACAGAGCUUUCUGUGAUGCAUUAACUGAAGAAAACAACAGAGUGAACCAAGGAUUAACUAGUGGCAUGCCACCAAAUUUACAAAAUCAAAUGCAUGAUCCUAUCUCUUCUAUGCCUCUAAAACCAAAUUCCAACACUUCAUCAGAAUUAAACAAUGAAUAUGACCCUAAAAACUCACUAAAAUCUCCAACUCAAGAACAUGUUCCAACACCAUUUAGAUCAAAUAAUGCAUGUGGUGGCAUGUUUUCCACUAGUGCAGGUGCACUUUUUGGAGGCCCAAAAACCUUACCUCCCUCUUCUUCAUCCCUUCAACUCAGUUCCAAUAGUUUCAAUUACUUCAAUGACAAUAAAACCGGAGGACUAAUUUGUGGCUCGGCUCAAAUGUCAGCAACCGCUUUAUUACAAAAAGCGGCACAAAUAGGUUCUACUUCAAGCAAUAGUGGUAAUUGUAAUUCCUCCAUGAUGCAGAAAAGCUUUGUUAGUAGUAUGAUUAGUCCUAAUCAUGUUUCUGGUCCAAUCAUGAUGAACCAACCCUCUUAUGAACACUUUAAUCCACUAAACCAUAAUGAUUUAACUAACAUGGCUGGUGUUAGUGGUGGUGGAGCAUUCACAAAUCAACUAUUUCAAAACAAUACUAAUGAUAUUGGAAUGUUUAGUCAAAUAUCAAUGGGAAAUGAUCAAAGUAGUGGAUUGAUGAAGAAUAUGGCAGAGAGUAACCAAUUAGUUCAUGAUUUCUUGGGAAUUGGUGGUUCAAAUUCAAGUUUGCAUGAAACACAACAGCAACAAAGAUUGGAAGCAUUAACUCAUCAGAGGUUGGAAAUUAUGAAUGAUUUUCAUCAUCAUCAGCAUCAUCUUCCACAUGAUGAUUCUGUCAUGGAGAAAUCAAUUUGGGAUGUUUGAGUGGUCAAAAAAAUCAUGUUGAGCUUUGAUCUUAAUUACAGUGAAUUGGCUAAGAAAGUGUGGAAGGUUUUUAUGUUUAGAUUAUGUUCUUGAAUAGGGAGAAAAAAUAAUAAUUUAUAUAGGAAUGUCCUAUACUCAUAUUAUCAGUUUGAAAUUGGGUUUAUAAAAGAUUUUACCUUUAUUUUGCAUUUAUUUGAAAAAAGUUGAAA